CACGCUCGCAAUUCUCUUCAGGGUCGAGAGCGAGGAGGUGGACAAUAAAAAAAAAAAAACUAAAACAAAUAAUAAUAAUAAAUUGUCCCCAACUGACACGGGAACUUUUUAAAGUGCGCUUAUUUUGAUGUUGUUUUUGUAAAGUCGAACUCGUUGUUUUGUGGGAAAACAACAAGGAAGUUAAGCAAGCUCAAACAAACAAUGAGUGACACAACAACGGAGACAACAAUGGAGGUGAACGCGGAGGCCAGGCGGAUUUUGGCCGUGUCCAUAAGCAAGCUGUACGCGUCCCGGAGCCAGCGAGGCGGCUUAAGACUCCACCGGAGCCUCCUUCUCUCCCUGGUCAUGCGCUCCGCUCGGGACAUCUACCACUCGUCGGCGCCACCGCCCGAACCCAUGGAGACCGGCCCGGAAGAGCCGACCGAGCUCGACCUGGAGUCGGGGGCCCAGGUGGACCACAGCCCCGACGAGUUGAGCCCGACGGCGGGGGGAGGUGCGCAACAGGAGGCCGAGGAGGAAGAGGGGGAGCCCGCCGAGGACAAAGAGAACCAGAGCCCGACGCGGCGCUCCAGGAAGCGGCGGGGGAAGGAGUCGGCGGCGCCUCACUUCCUCCCCAGUAAGCGGGCGAGGCUGGAGCCCGGCGAGGAGCGGCACGCCGCGCCGUCGCCGCCGCCGCCGCCGGCCAGUUGCCGAAUGGGCCCCGCCGAGUCCCUCACCUCGCUAUCUCUGAACCGGGUCAUACCGGCCUGCUGAGAGGGCGAGACACGGAGGCUCCACUGGACUUGGAGCGCUGUUUUGCCCACACUUGCAAGCGGCCUGGAGGCCACAUCGACGGUCCCGGGACGGGCCCGAGUAGAGCGAGCUCGCCUGGCCAGCGUGGAGCAGCUUCGGUCCGGGUCGAACGAGCGACCCGGUGGGCUGGCUGGCUCUCCAGCUGAGUCGCGCGCGCGCGCGCGCACACACACAAGGCGGACCCGCCAGGACACCCAGGGACUCAUUACAGAGGAACCGAGGCGCUGACAUAACACU